UAGUUCCACUCAUCAAAGAUGGCGAGCGGGGGGCCACCCACGGCCGCGCUGUGGACCGAAGUGAACCGGUGCGGACAGAAUGGAGAUUACACGAGAGCCUUGAAAGCACUUACAAAAAUUUUGCAAGCAAACAGGGAAGAUGUAACAGCCCUUCACUGUAAAAUCGUGUGCCUUAUCCAGAAUGGCACCUUCAAGGAGGCUUUAAAUGUCAUGAACACACACAACAAGAUCAUCGGCAGCGAGCUCGUGUUUGAGAAAGCAUAUUGCGAGUACCGUUUGAACAGAGUGGAGAGCUCUCUGAAGACCAUCGAAAGUGCUCCCGCGCAGACGGACAAGCUUAAGGAGCUCUAUGGUCAAGUGUUGUACAGACUAGAGCGCUACGACGAGUGCAAGUCAGUCUACACGGAUCUGAUCAGGAACUCCCAGGACGAGUAUGAAGAGGAGCGCAAGACCAACCUCGCGGCUGUUAUGGCUGCCAUGAGCCAGUGGGAGAAGGCGCCGUUGGAAGAUUUAGGCCUUCCCGAGUCAACGUACGAGCUGUGCUACAAUGCCUCCUGCAUGCUGAUUGGCCAGGAUCAGCUGACUGAAGCGUUUAAUAAGCUUCAACAAGCUGAAGAGCUUUGCCGGCUGUCAUUGGCUGAAGAUUCGGACAUAACCGAGGAGGACAUUGAGUCGGAGCUGGCCGUCAUCCAUUCUCAGAUGGCGUAUGUGAUGCAGUUGCAAGGUCGGACAGACGAGGCGCUCCAGCUCUACAAUCAGGUCAUUAAACUCAAGCCUUCAGAUGUGGGCCUGCUGGCUGUGACAGCCAACAACAUCAUUACAAUAAAUAAGGACCAAAACGUGUUUGACUCCAAGAAGAAAGUGAAGCUGACAAACACAGAAGGGGUCGAAUACAAACUGGCCAAAAAGCAGCUACGGACCAUCGAAUUCAACAAAGCCCUGCUGGCCAUGUACACUAACCAGGCCGACCAGUGCAGAAAGCUGUCCUCUGGUCUUCAAACUCAGAACCCGGGUCACCCGCGACCUGUCCUAAUCCAGGUGGCUCAACUGUGCAGGGAGAAGCAGCACAGCAAAGCGGUCGAGUUGCUCCAGCAAUUUUCAGAUCAGCAUCCGGAAAGCGCGUCAGGCAUCAAACUGACAAUGGCACAGCUCUAUUUAGCUCAAGGUCAUGUCACAAAAGCCUGCGAUGUCCUCAGGUCAAUUGAAGAGUUCAAGCAUAAAGCGGGCAUGGUGUCUGCUCUGGUGUCCAUGUACUCGCACGAAGAAGACAUCGAUGGCGCAAUUGAUGUUUUUCGACAAGCUAUUCAGCACUACCAGUCCGAACAGCCAGGAUCCACGGCGCACUUGGCUCUGGUGCGAGAAGCUGCCAAUUUCAAACUGAAGUAUGGGCGUAAAAAGGAAGCCAUUAGUGAUCUGGAGCAGCUGUGGAAGCAAAACCCGAAGGACAUUCACACACUGGCGCAACUCAUCUCCGCCUACUCUCUGGUGGACACGGACAAAGCCAAAUCCCUGAGCAAGCACCUCCCUUCAGCGGACACCAUGUCCUUCAAGGUGGACGUUGACGAGCUGGAGAACUCGCACGGAGCCACGUACGUCAGGAAAAAGGCAGCCAAAGUGGCAGGAGAAAAUCUUCCUAAAGAAGAAGGACAAGGUGAUAUUAAAAAGAAGAAAAAGAAAAAGAAGGGUAAACUACCGAAGAACUGUGACCCCAAAGCCACCCCUGACCCAGAGAGAUGGCUGCCUAUGAGGGAACGCUCCUAUUACCGCGGCAAGAAGAAGGGGAAGAAGAAGGAGCAGAUCGGGAAAGGCACGCAGGGGGCCACGGCAGGGGCCUCGUCAGAGCUGGAUGCCAGCAAGACCGUCAGCAGCCCACCGACGUCCCCUCGACCGGGAUCGGCAUCCAGCUCGGCCCCCACCAACGUAGUCCCUCCGCGACAGCAGAAACCUGCGUCCGCUGGGGCCACGCGCAAGAAGGCACCACAGAAGAAGAAAAAGAGCGGUAAAGGAGGAUGGUAGCCUUGGAAGAAAAGGACCAUUCAGUUCAUAUCCCUCCCCAUUCUUGGGUCCUGCUUUUUCGUUUUAAUUUACAGACAAAACCUCCAACUUCCUUCCACUUUUUGUCUUACUUUUAACAUACAGGACACGGCACAAAAGACUCUAAAAGACGGUUCUGAAGAAAUGAAAGUGUACGUCUCCUUGAGCGUUCCUUUUAUUGUUUUGUCUUGGGAGUUUCUGACGUUGCAAGACAUAUUUGUUGUGUUCAAAAAAUGAAACACAUUUUAAUUAAAAAGUACAAAAUGAACUGUACUAGGAUUGUGUUUCUGGCAAUAGUUUUUUUUAAAACCCCGUCACUGCCUUCAACUACUUCAAAGUGCCGAUAACUGAUAAUUGGGACAAAUUUAAGGAGAGCAUUCAGAAUAAUUAGGAUAGCAUUUAAAAGGUCAUCGUCUAUAAUUCCUCAGGACAAUCUUAGAAACAAUAAUGCGGUAUUUGCUGACUGAUGGCGGUGGCGGGAAAAUGCUCAAAUUCAGAUCAAUUUUUGAUACGUCGACACAGCUUAACAAUUUAACAUCAUAAUUACUUUGUUGCGCAGCCCAACUGUGUUGAUCUCAUACACAAGGAUUUGCUGUCAUGCAGAAAUACAGGUUCCAUAUAUUAUUACAUAUUAUGACUAAUAUUGAGGGUAUAAUUUUUUUCCUCUCAAAUAUGAAAAAUUAUCAGGAAAAUAAAGGACUUCUCUCAGA